AUGUGUGCGUCAAGAUCUCCUGUCAAAGGACUGUCCGUGCGAGAAGACAAGGACGGUGUACGUUCACUGCAUUCCAAGAUUGGUGAUCGGCGCUACAAACGGAUCGCGAAUUUCUAUUUUAGCAUCCAGACCCUAGUCACAUUCCCAGGGAAAAAUAAAUUGAACGGUUACAUUCUCGACGUUAACCGCAUAGAUGGGACGUCAAUGUAAGUAUACGAUCUUCACUUUUUGGAAAUUAAGCCAAGGUUCCAAAUGAGGCCAGUUGUGCCUGGGAACCCAAUCUCAUAAAUUUUCCAAUUUUAGGGAAAAAAAUGGUAAAAAUUGAAAAAUUAGGCAACCAGAAAGCGUAAACUAGGACGCUCUGAUAUAGGUCACAAAAUCGGUUGUCAGUUUGUGUUGUGUACGUGUAUUCUACAUUAUCGUGCUUAAUUUCGAAAUAUUCUGCUAUUUUAAUACCCUAUGUAAAGCUGUUUCCGUAGUAUAUUAAUAAUCUCUGUUUUAGGAAUGUUUUUAUUCUGUCAACAUGUCUAGAUUUAGAUUAAAACAACGUCAUUACGCGCGAUUGGUAUUUUGGAGUCUGGGAACGUCCUAGUUUUUGACGACAACAGCCUAGUUUUUUUCCAAAUAAGGUAAUUCUAGGACGUUCUCAGACCCCUGCGCACAAAAAACUAGGACAUUCCCAGUCUUCUUCACCUUCUCACGUCCAGAAAACUAGGCAGUUUGCAUUUAUAUAAUUACAAUGCGUGAUAUCCGAAAUAACAUUUGCGCAAUAACAUUGGUGUAAUCAGAAAAAAAGCAAGAAAUACAUUAUAUUCUUUGUAUUCAGUACAGCUACCAAUAGUACAAUGUACUGAAUAUUAGUUAUUACGCUUAUCACUCACUUAUUGAGGCAAUGAUUAUUUACGCAAAUAACGCAAUGACGAAUUGUGAUUCAUGUUUGGCAUACAUUACAUUGUAAUUUUUAAGAGAUACGUAGUCAUCAACUAAAUUGUUGUUCUGAAACGAAUUUAUAACUUGUUCAAGUAGAGCAGAAAUCAAUUCAAAGCAGCUAAAAUUACUGCUUAUACGCAAGACAUAACGCUUGAUAUCGUUUGUGUCGGAUAUCUGCGAUUUAUACUAGGUGUUUAUGCAUGUUUUUUGUCGGAUUACUAGGUGUUCUGCGCAUUGUAAAUUGUAAUUAAGGUUUCCUUUAAUUGCGUCACAACAUUCCUUCAGUUCCUUGCCGCCUGGCCAUAUCCUGCUGCGUUCUUGACUUUUUCGAACGCGUAAUAUGACGAAUUUCGGUUAAAUAUUCAGUUGGACAUUUGUUCCCUUACACGCGUUUUGCUAAAACAGAAAUUAUGUUAGCCAAAGCAGUGUCUGAGCAAAAAAUGGAAAUUUAGAGCAUUUUUCGACCCACGACUUUUACGCACGACUUUUCACCCACGACGCACGACUUUUUACCCACGACACACGAUAAAAACUCAAACUCUGCCGCAACGAAAGCUUCUAAAAACACCAAGUUUCACGCGAAAACAGCCCUAAAACUUGCUCUUCUCGCUGAAGUCAAUGAAAAAUUAUUUCAGCCAAAAUUUCGGGAAUAAUGAGCUUCUGACGUUCGGUUCGAUUACGCUGCAAUACUUAAAAGUAGUGCGUAGCAUGAGAAAAUCGAUCUUCUAUUAAACUGUAUUGCAGUAAAACAAAAUUUAAAUUUUGUUUUUAAUCACAAUAAAAAUGACUUACAUUAUCAAAAAGCUUACAAAAAAACUACACAUAAGACUUUUAAACAGAUUUGUCAUUCUUUAAAUAGUUAUUGAGUUAUUGCUGUUUUAAAUGUGAAGAUUGGACCAAAUGCUCGCAAAAAGGACUGGGUACUAGGUUUUUGACAAAGCUUGACAACGUAUAAUUCGAAAACAAUUUGAGAAAAAACUGUUGUUAGCUUUAGCUUUCUGUUUAAAUGCAAUUUAUUUUUCUUGUGAUUGAAUCCAAUUGAAUAGAAGAUUGAUUUUCUCAUGCCCUCCUCUGACCAUAUUCAACACCAUGUGUUGGGCAGAAGAUCACUUUUACAUAUCACCAGAUAUUACUGUGUAUUUAAAAUACUCAUUAAUAAUUCAUAAACCUUGUGGCAAAUCAUGUCGGCCAUAAUAUGUCACGUGGAGUGACUUUAUAUCUGUUAAAGCAUGAGGCAUUAUAUAAUUGUUCAUCCUAAUUAGUAUGAUUAUAUAAUGGUUCAUCCUAAUUAGUAUUCUUUUGUAGUCGUAUUUUAAGCUAUUCAAAAUACUCGUUGUCGUGUUUUAUCAGAUAUAAAACGCUCCGCUGCGCCUCACGUUUUAUAUCUGAUAAAACACUCCUACUCAUGUUUUAAAUAGUACAUAGAUCACUACUAUAAGCAUAAAAAAAUUGGUACCCUUUUCCAGUGGCGUAACUACUGGGCCAAAUGGGGGCCCCCACAGGCUGUAGGGCAAAAACAUUGGCCAAGACUUCUGAUGUGUUACAAUGUCGUUUUCUCAAGACUCCCGAUGUAUUACAAUGUCGUUUUCUGAUCAUCACUCCAUCAGAAUUCUGCAAAAGCGGGUGAGCAUGUCCUGGACCCCCUAAAAAACUUGUGCAUAUACGGCGGUCGACUCGUGCUUUUGGCACUUAUACCAUGAGGGGGGCCUUCGAAAAUUUUGAACCGGAGGCCCCCUGAUAUAACGUUACGCCACUGCCCUUUUCAUUUAAGCAAACACCCUUGGCUGCCGGUCUAUAAAUAUCGUGUGAGCACUUGCGAACUAUGCAACUACUUCUUGUUUCAGGCUAAGCUUGGCUCAACUACUUCAGGCUAAGCUUGUCUUUUUUGUUAUUAAAAUUUUUAUGUUUUGAAUUAAAUGAGACAAAUACUGAUUUUGAUUAAUUAACUUCAAUCACACUGUGCUUCAAUUGCCUCCAUCUGGGCAAAUGUUGGUUUUGAAAUGACCCACCCUGUCCCCUGGGAAACGUGAAAUGAGCAAAUGCCCUGAUGUGGCUGGUCCAAUCUUUGACCACAUGGAUAGUCAGAAGGGUGAAUAUAUUGGAUGACGUCAUCUAUGGCAACUGAGGGCCUUUAGGUAGAAGCGACUGGUGGUCGUUUUAUCGAGUUGAAGAGCUUUAUUGAAACUCAAAACAUCAAAACCAUGUUACAAAAAGUUUUAAAGGUUUAAAGCAUUUUAUUAAGGCUUUUGUAAUUGUUUUUAGGGAAUGUUUUGUUUUGAUUGAAGAAAUGGCGGGGGCAGUCAAGUUUAAGUCGGCCAUCAACCGAACAUUCAGUGAGUGCGGUGGGGUGUUCUCUCAGGACAUCAAAGAUAACCAAUUGAUCAGCUAUUUGAUGGACAUGGUGGAAGAUUUCGUGACUAACGUCAAUCGAAGAGUUACUGGAGUCUUGACCCUCGGUCGUCAGCUGAACCCAAAGAAGGUCAAUGCGGAUGGGCAGUUUGACGAGAACGGUGUGAUUGAAAAGGACGACUAUGAAACGUCCGUAUACAUUUUAAAUGAGAAUCUGCAGGUAAAAUUUAUUUCCAAUUAGUUUAAGUUCAAGCCUAGCACUUUCUAGCUUAGUCUUUUGAAUAAUGACUGAUUCAUCAUUUUCCCAUAGAUUAACAAGAACGGAGUUAUCUUGAAAGAAAAUUGGACGCACAGGUGGAUGGUGCCGUUUCUCGUCGCAAUUCCUCGCGCAAUUUCAGACAAGAAAGUGCUCAAGUACCUGUACGACCACAACCAAGUACUCGUUAGCCUUCCAUUUCAGUCAUUUAAUUGGAAGCUGUUCAUACGAAAGGCAAAAUCGUUUUUUAAGAGCAAUUUCAUGCCAUUCAUCAAUUUCUUGAGUGGUGCACUUGCACUUUUCCAUUAUGAACAAGUUGUGAAUUGGCUGGGUAAGGCAAACAACGUAUAAAUGUAUCCAAACAUUGUUUGGGGACAAUGUAUAACCUUCAAAUUAGGUUUAGUUUUCCCGCGCUUUUCUGAGACUUCGCUAUUAACGCUGUUGGCUUACUCUGUUUGCUCUAGGCCUAUACUUCCCUACCCACACAGUAUGUCCUUUAUCUUCGAUAUUCACCAGUUGAAUAUCGUUAUUUAUUAUAUGGACAAUGGUGUUUUACUGGAAACUAAAACACUCGUAGAACUCAUACGUCACUACAUUCACCCCUGCUAGUGACAUACAAAGUUCGAAAAUUUCCCGCCAUUUUCAUUGUUGUUGUUUUGAAAAUACAAAUGGUCUUUGGUUCGUUUUUAAAACGAAAUUAACGUUGCAAAUAAAACGAAAACAUUUAAAAGACAUGUUGAGAUAAGUAAAAUUUAUUCUACUUUUGUGUUUGCACUAUAAUUUAAAAAAAAUAUUGCUUUAUGCUGGUCUUUCGCGCGCUUAUUUACAUGUUGUCUUUGUGUGUAUUUUUGUCACUCUGUCCAUAGAGGGCCUUGACACGAGAACAUAAAAUCCAUCUCUUUGCAACGGUCUACAAAUAUCCUCUAUAUAACCAUAACAUUGUUGGAAACUUCAGGCAAAAGACUAUCGAGACUCCAUAACAGAUAUCCGUUAUCUUAAAUUUAUCGCUAUGUGCACGUUAAAUUGUUUUGAAAUUUAUUUCCAGGUUCAUGUCCAGUACCCACUGCAAUUGGCGAAAAUUCGUGUGGAAAAUCCACUGCGCUUAAACUAGUGGGUCAACUUGUUGGCAUGCGUACAGUAUCGCAAUCAUCUUCGGAGUCUGUUAUUAGCGACCUGACGAAGACGACAUUCCCACUAGGCUGGGAUGACCCAACCUUCGCCCACACUGUCCGCUCACCACUCGCGGCGGUCUUCAAUGGCUGUGGCAACCAAACCCAGGCUCGUGGCAAUGAAAAACCGAUCACUGCAUUUAUACUAACAUGUAACUUUGAAAUGGACGGAGACCUGAGGUAAUAUCAUUUAAACCUGAAGAUCAGGUUGAAAUGGCUAUAAUAGUAGUUUAGCACGAGCAAUUUGUUGAUAGUAAUAGACAUAAUAUUCCCAAUAUUGUAGAUCAUUUGAAAGAACAACGCCAAUUUGGUUUAAAAAGUUGGUUACGUCGGAGGACGAGCCCGCCGAUCACAUCUUGGAAGCCAAACAAGAAAUAUUUUCCUUGGCUUCGCCGCAUUGUCUUUUUGAUGAACAACGAGAGGUCCGCUGAACACAUAAAUUGGUUCAAGCAGCACCUACCAGGAACGGCAGGCUCUAACCCAAGACUGUCAGAAAUAUACGGUCUUUAUCGACUGAUAGCGCACAAGGUAAAACUUUUUGUAUAUUCGUACUUUUGUACAUUUCUAAUAGUACAUUUCUAAUUUUAAGUGUGUGUGUGUUAACAUAAUAUUUCAUGGCAACGUGAAAAUAUGACUUCGUGUGGUGAAAACAGUAUGAACGAGGGCAGCCAGUAAAAUAUUGUCUUUAUUAUUUUUGGAAUGAGCCUGGGUCUUACGAGAAAGCACACUCGUUAAUAUUUUUUCCAUGGUAAAAUAUGGAAAAUACCAGUGGCGUAUUUGCCAGUAUUUCACUAUAUCCAUUUUACAUUGAUGGCUUUAUUAGUUCUGUCCACUGUAGAUUAUUGAACUUGUCAACGACAAUUCAGUGGUAAGUGGUGAAUCAUUUGACGCAUAUCUAAUGGAGACGUUCUUGCCGUAUGUUCGCUCGUUCUAUGAUGCCACCGUGAAAACUCUCAGCAGUGUCGAGGAGUUCUUCAACUUGUUGAUUCAAGCAAUCAGCUGUUUGCAGAUGAAUGCGGAAAAGGUAAUCGCAUCUUGUUCCUAUAUGCAUGUGGCUAUUGUUUAACGUGGAUGAAUAUAGGAUUGAAUAGGAUAGAAUAUGGGAUAGAAUAAGAGGAUUUCUCCCAACAACCCUUUCAUAAUUGCGUCAAUUAGCACGUUUUUAGGUUACAUCUUCGUGUUUCGCCACGAAUUUAAUAGUUAGAUGGUUAGGAUUUGAGUCGUUAAUAGGGUCAUGAUGAAAGAGAAUAUAUUCGAUCAUGCGUGUGACAUGAAGAUAGCACCCGUUUUUAUGAAUCGUGAGCAACCUCCUUACCAGGGGUCUUUCUGCGGGCGACUGAGGAAUCUAUCCUCGUGCCCAGGCCUUAGGUCAAAUGAGACCUGCAUGGGCAUGAGGAUAGAGCGAAUCACCUUUCGUCUUGAAACAUGAAAAUGGGAAUCCUAGGUCAAGACGAGUGACGUAAUUGUCGAAAGGGUUACUGGAUUAUUCAAUGUCUGAGCCUUUAUCGUCAUCAAGCAAUAAAACAGAACGAUAUAGUCGAUACCUGCACCUUCCCCCAAACGACUACAACCAACACAAUUAUAUUCUCCAUAAACCACGUAUUAUAUCAGCUGCCAUAAUAACCAAUUUUCUUAUUAGCUCAAAACAUGGAUGAGGAACUCUGUCCGAGGCAAGGACCACGAAUUUGUUGUUUUCGUGUUGCCAACAGCACUAGCAACCAUAGAAAAAGCUUCCCUUCCUGCGCCGACCGAUGGAAAUAUUCGGGAACUUAUCAAGAAGACACCUGGGGGAAACUCGAAUCACCGGUCAACGUUUGAAGGGAGAACGAACAAGAUUUGUUGCGUAAAAUUACCCAGGACCGCAUUAAGUGAAGAUGUUCUUCAACAGAUAGAUUCGUGUAUGUAUACUGGUGGAACUUUACAGACUUUAAUAGAUCAUGUUUAUUUUGCUUAUACCUGUUAGUAAAAUAAUACGGACAUAGCGUUAGAAUAGUCGUGUAAUCUUCUCCGUCUUUUUCAGUUUUUGGAUUGACUCUAAAUGAAGUGCCAGAAGACGAAAACGUCAAAGCCAACGACGAAGCAACCAAUGAUCUGUUAGACGCCUUGACGGCAGAGCUUGAAGAGACAAGGGAAAUGCUAGCGAACGAAAAGGCUUCCUCGAAAGCUCUGUUCGAAAGCAAGACCAAGCUUCAAGAAAGCUUCCACGAACAGCGGCAGUCGUUGACGAAGGAGAACGAAAACCUUCUGGACGAAGUGAAAGCUCUGAAAGCAAGGGUGAAACAACUAGAGUCCAGCAUGAAGGAGAAAGAAGAGACGCCAUCCUCGUCGACAACUGCAUUGAGCAAUAAGACCGGGCUGAGUGUUGUUGCUACAACACUAAUGCAAGCUAUUGGUGAGUAAUUGUUGGAACUGAUUACAACUGGUGUUGCGUGCACGCAACAGCCACAGCUGACGUCAUACCUAGGGUUCCAGUCUUAUUCUUUUAUGUGUUGUGCAAGCUGCAGAGGGACAAUAAAGCAAUACCAAAAGCAUAUUGCUGUGAUUAGCAUAAAUCGUUAACAAGGAAAAAUAUUUACCUACAUCCAUUCUACAAUCAAUAUUCAAACUUUUUCUCUUUAGAACAUAGUCAUAGAGUGGAGCCAGAAAGUCAGGAGGAUACAGAAAUGCAGUCACUGGAUGACUCAGGUAGGUUCUUCAUAUAGACUCGGUGACAGCCUAGCCCACUUUGAAAUUUUAAAAUUUGCUCCUCUUACCUUUCGCCCAUCUGUGACGCAUGAUAGUGACUGCUACAAGGCCAACCUACCACAUAUGUACUGCGGGCACCUUACCAUAAAAGUACUGAUCAGUGGGUACAGGCCACUGAGACGAAAUUCGUAAUAUGUGUGAAUUUCAUUUUUGUGAAACCGACACACUAAACUUGCUUCCGGACGAAAGUUCACAAGCCUUGUGCCUAUUCGUUUUAGGCAUUGGAAAUGACUUGAUUGAAAAAGGAUCGCCCGCAGAUGAAGAAAAGAACCAUUGCAACUUGUGCGACAAGAGGACGACAUCCCGCAUGAUAAUGUGCACGAAAUGCAGUCAAUGGGCGCACUACACAUGUGCUGGGAUGGGAACCUACAAAGAAGCCUUGCGACAAAAAAAUAUAUUUAUGUGCAAGGAAUGUAAAUGA